GAGAGAUGUGCAGCUGAGUUGGUGCUGAUGCUGCGUGCUGCUGCUGCUGCUGCUAAAUACAGUACAAUGAGAUGGCUAUAGGAGUGCUGCAGCUCGCAUCUCCUGGCUGGGGCUCUGAAUGGCCGAGGUCUAUUCUCCAGUGAAUUGAGCAGCAACUUCCAAGAAACAAUUUAUCACAGGGAGAAGGGCAGCCCUGACUGAGAAUGGAUUUUGCAGGCUGAAUAAGUCUCCCAGCGAUCAGGAUGAGGCUGAACACAUUUUGGGAUGAUUAGUUUACCCCGGCUAUAGGAGUGUAUGCUUUUACCUGUUUUCCAGGAUUGCUACAUUAUCACGGCAUGCAACUGGCUGAUGAGGACCAGAACUAAGAGGCCAGUAGGAUUUCGUUUGGUGCUGCACUCAGCAACUGUAUAGCCAUUGACUAGGUCUCCCUGGCCCAUAGAAAUGGUCAAACAACAAAUGAAUCCACCAGGCGAAAAAAUUGCCAUAAUGUAGCCAUGCUAAUCCUGCUCGAGAAUACAACUGCCAGCUGAUCAUGAAUUGCUAAUUCUGCAUAUCUUCCCACAACAGCUUCUUGUCGGAAACACAUGAUGAUGCCGAUUCAGGAAUUACUUUUAUCCAACACAAAAGUGAAUGGACCACAGAAUAAUUGGCCUUGAGACCAGAGAUUGUUUUGUUUGCAUCCUACACAGCUUGCAUGUUUAUGAAUCAUUUAUGCUCAGAAUGUCAGAUGUCUGCAACUAUCAUCACAUUCUAAUAUUAAGGAGAAUCAUAAUCUGGAUUCAUGUUUGGAUGAAUUUUUAAUUGCGUUUUUCUGUGAAAUCAGCUGUGCUUCAUGAGCAAAUAACCAAUAUCCUUAUCUGUGCUACGGCAUAUGGAUUUCCGGACGACAUGUGAUGAGGCAAAGACAGGAAGUUGUUUGUUGCAAGAUGGUAGUCAAGAGCCUUUCAAAGUUCGACUCCACUUAGCCAAAGACAUUUUGAUGAUUCAAGAGCAGGAUGUUAUCUGUGUGUCUGGUGAACCUUUCUACUCUGGUGAAAGAACAGUAGCAAUCAAAAGACAAACCGUAGGAGGAUUUGGACUUAGUAUAAAGGGAGGAUCUGAACAUAAUAUUCCAGUUGUUAUAUCCAAGAUAUCCAAAGAACAAAGAGCUGAGCUUUCUGGUCUUCUAUUCAUCGGAGAUGCUAUUCUCCAGAUCAAUGGCAUAAAUGUGAGAAAGUGCAAGCACGAAGAAGUGGUUCAAGUUUUAAGGAACGCCGGAGAGGAGGUUACGUUAACUGUUUCAUUCUUAAAAAGGGCACCAGCUUUCCUUAAAUUACCACUGAAUGAAGAUUGUGCAUGUGCACCUAGUGACCAAAGCAGUGGUACAUCUUCUCCCUUGUGUGACAGCGGUUUACAUUUAAACUAUCAUCCCAACAAUACGGACACAUUAUCAUGUUCUUCAUGGCCAGCAUCACCUGGCCUCCGAUGGGAAAAACGGUGGUGUGAUCUCCGAUUGAUUCCACUUCUUCAUUCCAGAUUAUCACAGCAUAUAACAGGAACAGAUUUAUGCAGGCAGAAUGCAUUUCAAAUAACUGCGGUAGACGGUGUCUGCAGCGGAAUAAUUCAGUGUAUAUCUGCUGAUGAUUUCAUAGAAUGGUUACAAUCUAUAUCAACCAAUAUUUCAAAUCUCACAAAGCACAAUAUAAAAAAAAUUAACAGAAACUUUCCAGUGAAUCAGCAGAUAAUAUACAUGGGCUGGGUUGAGGAGCGGGAGCAAGACAAUCUUCAAGACCAUAUGUACACACCAAAGUUUCUGGCGCUAAGAGGCUCAUCACUUUAUAAAUUCAACUCACCACCAGUAACGACGUGGGACUGGAUGCGAGCAGAGAAAAAAUUUACUGUGUAUGAAAUAAUGUGUAAAAUUUUUAAGGACAGUGAUCUUCUGGACCGGCGGAAACACUGCUUUGGUGUUCAAUCGGAGUCUGGUGAGGACUUGUACUUUUCUGUGGAAUUGGAGACUGAACUCAUUCAUUGGGAAAAGGCAUUCCAGACUGCAACUUUCCUAGAAGUUGAAAGGAUCCAGUGCAAGACCUAUGCCUGUGUAAUAGAAAGUCAUCUUAUGGGCCUCACCAUUGACUUUAGCAUGGGAUUCAUCUGCUUUGAUGCUGCAACAAAGGCUAUACUAUGGAGGUAUAAAUUUUCUCACCUGAAAGGCUCUUCAGAUGAUGGCAAAAGUAAAAUAAAGUUUUUGUUCCAGAAUCAAGACACAAAACAAAUUGAAGCAAAGGAGCUGGAGUUUUCCAAUCUGUUUGCUGUUCUUCACUGUAUUCAUUCAUUUUUUGCUGCUAAAGUUGCUUGUUUGGACCCUCUUUUUGUUGACAGCCAGGGAGCUGCUUCGGUAUCAAAUUCUAGUGCUGCACCACAGCGGGUGUUUGUAAAAUGAAGUAUUCAUCUUUAAAUGUCCUAAAGAAAUGCACUCGUCUACUGAGGAUACUCAAACUGUGAAUGAAUAUUUAUUCUACUCGGACAGCCUGGAAUUGGGGAACUCUAACUCAGGAGAUCUGAAAGGUUGCUGAUUUUAUUUUUUAAGCAUUAGAAAUAUAUUAUGGGUUCAGAUGAUUACCCAUUGAACAGUCCAGGACAUAUUACGGUGCAGCGUUUGCUGGAAACUCAAGGACGUACCUGUAUUCAUUACAACAACCCAGGAUAACAAGGACAAUUUUUUUUCUGUGUUUCAAUGUUAGUGUUAAAAAACAUAUACAUAAAAAUAAUAAAGACAAAAUAUGGCAACAUGAAUUUAGCACUUA